UUAGUGAGCAGCAUCCUGCAGACCAGUCCCACCAUCCUCAUCCUCGCGCUGAGCACGUCUGAUCUAAAGGGUCGUCAGAGAAGGUGAGCGCACGCGCGGUCUCGUGUUGCCCUGGCGGCUGCAGAGGAUGGCGGAGAGCGAGGCAGACACGCCGAGCACUCCCAUCGACUUCGACAGUAAAUACUUCGAAUAUGAGGGAGUGCGGCUGCCCCCGUUCUGCAGGGGCAAGAUGGAGGAGGUCCGGGAGUUCUCCCUGAGAGGGAGCGACGUGUGGAUCGUCACCUACCCCAAGUCAGGCACCAGUUUACUACAGGAAGUUGUGUAUCUUGUAAGUCAAGGAGCAGAUGGAGGCGACCCUGAUGAGAUUGGCCUUUUGAACAUUGAUGAACAGCUGCCUGUGUUAGAAUACCCAACACCUGGGCUUGACAUCAUACAGGAGCUGACAUCACCUCGCUUGAUAAAAAGCCAUCUUCCAUACCGGUUUCUUCCUAAAGCCAUGCACCAUGGAGAGGCCAAGGUGAUCUACAUGGCCAGAAACCCCAAAGACCUGGUGGUGUCCUACUACCAGUUCCACCGUUCUCUCAGGACCAUGAGCUACCGUGGAACCUUUCAGGAGUUCUGCCGGCGCUUCAUGAAUGACAAGCUGGGAUAUGGUUCCUGGUUUGAGCACGUUCAGGAAUUUUGGGAGCACCGUGAUGACUUGAAUGUUCUGUUCUUGAAAUACGAAGACAUGUACAAGGACCUGGGGACCAUGGUGAAGCAGUUAUCCAGGUUCCUUGAUGUUACCUGUGACAAAGUUCAGCUGGAGGUUCUGGUGGAACACUGCAACCAGCUGAUUGAGCAGUGCUGCAAGUCUGAGGCGCUCUCUGUUUAUAGGGGUCGUGUCGGUCUGUGGAAGGAUGUCUUCACCGUGUCCAUGAAUGAAAAGUUUGAUGCAGUGUACAGAGAGAAGAUGGCCAUGUCCGACCUAACCUUUGACUUCUGCCUGUGAGGACCUCUUCACCUCGUACUCACUGUGGACUGCCACUGCCCUGCCCCACCUGAGCUCUACAAGGAGCACUUUCUGCCAGAACAUGCUCCCACGUCUCCUUUACCUUAUCUGUCUGAAGUUGUGUUGUUUAAUUUGACAGUGGGACAACACUGGAAGACAUUUCCCAAACUCCCACCCGAGGCCUCAUGAAAAUCAUUGUAGGAUGAUUGAACUAUCAUUGAUUAGUUAGACCGGCCCUCUGUUGAGCCCUACCUCUACAGUACAAGAAGAUAUCUACUUUAUGUGCAACCCCAAAUAAAAUAAAAAUGCUGGUAUUGU